CACGGAGGCCCUGCCCCGCCCCUGCACCGCCGACUUGGUCUCGUCCGCAGCCGUCUCCACCCCGCAGCACGCUGUGGUACGCGCUGCGUUGCGCGCGGCGCAAGAUGGCGGCCUCCGUGUGCGGCGCGUUGCUGGGGCUAAGGGUGCUGUCCGGUAGCCGAGAGCUGCCUUGCACUUGGCACGCCCUGCACACCUCCGUGGUCUGCGCCAAGAACCAGGCGGCCCGAGUCCGCGUAAGCAAGGGAGACAAGCCAGUGACCUACGAGGAGGCACACGCGCCGCACUACAUCGCCCACCGUAAGGGCUGGCUGUCGCUGCACACAGGUAACCUGGAUGGGGAGGACCAUGCCGCAGAGCGAACGGUGGAGGAUAUUUUCCUUCGCAAGUUCAUGUGGGGUACCUUCCCAGGCUGCCUGGCUGACCAGCUGGUUAUAAAGCGCCGGGCUAACCAGUUGGAGAUCUGUGCCCUGGUCCUGAGGCAGUUGCCUGCACACAAAUUCUACUUCCUUGUGGGCUAUAGUGAAACUUUGCUGUCCCACUUUUUCAAAUGUCCUGUGCGACUCCACCUCCAAACUGUGCCCUCAAAGGUUGUGUAUAAAUAUAUCUAGGAUGAUCCCCUUUUUUUGCAUCAAGCUGUAACCUGCAGAGAAUGGAAAUGUAGGAAAGGAAUGGAACGUGAGGAAGUACAUCCCCUCAGAGGACCGAGGCAUGGUCUCAGCUGCUUUUAAUAAAGACCCUCUAUGUUGUC